AUGGCAGGCCGUGAAUACAUUGUUACCUCGAUGCCUUCUGAACCUGUGCUGGCAGAGGCUAGUGCUCGAAUAAUGAAUGAUCCAUAUGUCAGCUUCACAGAACUUAUUAAUCAGCCUUUAAAGAAGGCGUUCUAG